GCCGUGCUGGCCGCCCAUUGGCCGCAGCCCCAGAGCGGGGGCGGAACCGCGCCUGACUGACAGCUCGCCAGCGCCACAUGACUCCCCCGCCCCCGCUCCUCCGUUGGGGGGGAAGGGCCGGGCCCCCCCCCCUCGUCACUCACCUGAGCCGCCCCCACGCGGGGCCGCGACCCUCGGCCCCGGUCCCGCUUCAUCCGCGCCCCCCCCGCCGCGCGCCCCGAAACCCCCCGGGCCGGGGGCAACAAAAAUUGAUUAAAAAAAAACAUCCCAGGGCAGAAAAGGGAGCCACGCGCUACGUCACCCGCGCCCCGAUUGGCUCCCCGCCGUCACGUGGCGCCCCCGCAGCUCCCACGGCCCCAUUCAUCCCCCCCCCGCCCUCCCGCCCGGCGGGACCCGCCGCGGCUCCGCGGGGUCCUAGCGCCGGCCCCGCGGGGGAUGGCGCUGCGCAUGCGCGCUGCGGGGCCGCUGCAGCGGGGCGCAGGGGGCACCCACGGGUGUCCGUGGCGGGGCGGGGCGGGGCGGGGGUGCCCACGGGUGUGGGGCGUUGCAAGGGUGCACGGCAUGGCGGGGGUGCGCCCGUGGGGGUGUCAGCCCCCCCAGAGGCGCCGGCGCACGCCGUGUCCGAGGUUCUGUUCUGCCAGCCGGAGGCGCCGUCGCUGGGCCUGGCUCUGACCUUCGACGCCGACCAGCUCUUCUGGUUCGACUUCCCCAUGUCGCGCUGGACGCCGCGGCUGCCCGACCUGCCCCCCUGGCCCCCCGGCCUGGAGACGCCCCCCCAGCUCCUGCAGGACGCCACCUUCUGCCAGCAGCUGCGCCGCGCCUUCACCGCGCUGGCCACCGGCCAGAUCCCCGAGGCCAGGGGCGUCCCGGUGGCCACGGUGUUCCCGCAGGCCCCGCCGGCGCUGGGCGAGCCCAACACGCUGGUGUGCCUGGUGGAGAACAUCUUCCCGCCGGCCGUGACCGUGGGCUGGCGGCUGCACGGCGUCCCCGUCACCCGCGGCGUCACCCACACCCACUACACGCCCACGGCCGACAUGGCCUUCGUGCGCUUCUCCUACCUCCCGGUGACGCCGGCCGCCGGCGACGUCUACAGCUGCGUGGUCACCCGCGAAGGGGACAACUCGUCCGUCAUCGCCUACUGGGUGCCGCAGGACAGCAGCCCUGCCGAGGAGCUGGAGACGGCGCUGUGCGGCGCGGCCAUGGCGCUGGGCGUGCUGCUGGGGCUGCUGGGGGUUGCCAUGAUGGUGGUGACGUGGCGCAGAGAGCGGGGCUGAGCGCCGUGGGCGCGCAGGACGGAGCCGCUCGGCGCUGGAGCCAAGAUGCUGGAGGGGGGGGGAUGGGGUGGGCCGGGGCUUCCCCUCCCCCGUUGGCAUUAAACCCCGUUGUGGCUGCGCCCGGA